UCGAGAAAAGAAGCCCUUUUUUCCUUCCCCGUUUUUCGAUCGUCAUCCCCUUUUGUUUUCGCAGCCACAAAGCGCCCGCUCGAAACCCUAGCCCUUUCAGAUCCCGAACCUAGGGCACGGCCAUGUCCAAACCCUGGGGCGGAGUCGGCGCCUGGGCCCUCGAGGCCGAGCGCGCGGAGGCCGAGGAGCGGGAGGCCGAGGAGGCCGAGGCCGCGGCCGCGGCUGCCGCGCCGCCGGAGCACUUCCCCAGCCUGAAGGAGGCUGCCGCCUCCGCCGGCGGGGGCAAGUCGAAGAAGAAGAAGGCGACCUCGAUCUCCCUCUCCGAGUUCGCCACCGGGACCUACGUCGGCCCCGGCGGCGGCGGCCGCCGCCACCCCUCGUCGUCGUCGUCCCUCGUCGAGCCGAAGGGCCUCACCCCCGACGAGAUGCUCCGCCUCCCCACCGGCCCCCGCGAGCGCUCCGCCGACGAGCUCGAGCACUCGCGCCUCGGCGGCGGGUUCCGAUCCUACGGCGCCGGCGGCUCCCGCGGCGGGUUCCCAGGCCGGAGAUCCGACGAUGGCGACGGGUACGCCGGAAGGAGGCCCUACGGCGGGGGAUUCGACGAGGAUCAGCACCGCGGCCCCCCGUCUAGGGCUUCCGAUCCCGAUCAGCCGUCGCGGGCGGACGAGGUCGACAACUGGGCCGCCAACAAGAAGUCGUUCGCGCCCUCGCCGAUGGAUUCGGGCCGCCAAGAUCGGUACAGCUCGCUGGGCGGCGGCGGCGCCGCGUCGCGGGCCGACGAGGUGGACGACUGGUCCCGCGGAAAGAAGCCCCUUCCCUCGCGCUACCCCGCCUUCGGAUCCGGGUUCAGGGACACCACCGGCCCCUCCGACUCCGACCGAUGGGCGCGCGGAGGAGUUGAGGGGCCAGGGGACCGCGAAAGGCCGAGGCUUGUUUUGGACCCGCCCAAGAGGGAGGUCGGAGGGGUCGCCUCGGAGCCGGCUAGGAAUCGGCCGAGCCCGUUCGGCGCCGCGAGGCCGCGGGAGGAGAUUUUGGCGGAGAAAGGAUUGGAUUGGAGGAAGAUGGAGACGGAUUUUGAUCUUAAGAAGACGAGCAGGCCCACCAGUUCCCAAUCCAGCAGGCCUUCUAGCGCUCAGUCCAGCAGGCCCGGGAGCCCCGGAUCGCAAGGUUUGGCCACGGCCGGCGAGGGCGCACCUAGGGCACGGCCGAAGGUGAACCCUUUUGGGGAUGCGAAGCCCCGAGAGCUUGUGUUAGAGGAGAAAGGCAAAGACUGGAAGAAGAUUGACCUUGACCUGGAGCAUCGCGGGGUUGACAGACCUGAGACAACUGAAGAAAAGAUUCUGAAAGAGGAGAUCAGUAAUCUGAAGGAGGCACUAAAAGCAACUGAGGUGAACACGAAUAACGAAUCUGUACAAGUUUCUGCUGAAGAAGUGACCAAUCUGCGUGAGAAGAUACUUAUAAAGGAGAAGGACCUGGAGUUGUUGAUACAGCAAUUGGACGACAAGGUCCGAUUUGGACAGAGAGGGACCACUGACAAUCGGCCUGGCUCCGGAGCUGGUAGGGUCGCUGCAUUUUCACAAGCUGUUUUGUCAGAAGAUUCGCGGAGUACAGAGAGCAUAGAAAGACCACGUUCUCGUGGUGGCAUGGGCGAAACGUUGCCGAAGACGGUGGAUGACAAAUGGGGUUUCCAGGGAAUUAGAGAUAGGAGCUCCUUUGGUAGCAGAAACCAGGGCAGGUCAAGGUCCAGGGAGAGGUGGUGAAAGCUACCAGUGUGAAUCCUUUUUGUUGUUUUGCUGCUCUUUUGAAACCGGAGACAGAAAAAUAAACUGUUAUUUCUGAUUUUCAACCUUUUGUCGUCUCAUUAUUUCUUUUUUUUUGCUUUUGGAGGGGAGCGAGAAUCUGGAUUUUCAGAGAUUACUUGUUGCUGUCUAAUUAUUAUUGCUACCUUGAUGUGGCGUAUUUGAAUCCGUUUUUCCAUGUCGAGGCCAAGCCGAAACCUUUGACUCACUAAUUACACUGCUUUAUGAAGCAAUGCCUUCUUGGUAUUAUUGUUGGUACUGCAA